AUGGGAAAGCAGAACAGAAAAGAACACAACAGAAAGGGCUGCACAAAUGACAAGGGCUGCAUUGAUGACAAGGGCUGCACUGUUGAUGACAAGGGAAGCACAGAUGACAAGGGCUGUAUUGAUGGCACGUGCGCCGCAGAAGACAAAGGCUGCAAUGAUGAUGCCACAAGCCGCAAAGAUGACAAGGGCUGCAGAGAUGACAAGGCCUGCAUUGAUGACAAGGACUGCAAUGAUUAUAAUAAGGGCUUCACAGAUGACAAGGGCUACAUUAAUAACAAGAGCUGCAUCGAUGACAAGGGCAGCCCUGUUGAAAAGGCCCGCACUUAUGACAAAGAGUGCACUGAUGACACGGGCUGCAACGACGAUAACAAGGGCUGCACUGCUGAUGACAGGGGCAGCACAGAUGACAAGGGCUGCAUUGAUGGAAAGGGCUCCAGAGAUGACAAUGGCUGCAUUGAUAAUGCCAAAGGCCACCUAGAUGACAAGCGCUGCGCAGAUGACACGGGCUUCACAGAUGACAAGGGCUACGCAGAUGAAAAGGGCUUCAAUUAUGAAAAGGGCUGCAAUGAUAAUGAUAAGUGCUGCACCGAUGAUGACACGGGCUGCAAUUAUGAUGAUAAGAGCUGCACAGAUGACCAGAGCUGCACUGAUGAAAAGGGCUGCACAGAUGACGCAGGCUGCGCAUAUGAAAAAGGCAGCGCAGAUGACGAAGGCUGCGCAGAUGACAAUGAAUAUACAAAUGGAACGAGCUGCACAGAUGACACGAGCUUCGCAGAUGUCAAAGGCUGCGCAGAUGAAAAAGGCAGCGCAGAUGUCAAAGGCUGCGCCGCAUAUGACAAGGGAUGCACAUAUGAUACGGGCUGCACAGAUAACAAAGGCUGCGCAGAUGACAAGAGUCUCACAUAUGACAAGGGAUGCACUGAUGACAAGGGCUGCACAGUUGAUACGGGCUGCGCAGAUGACAAAGGCUUUGCCGAUGACAAAGGCUCCGAAGAUGACAAAGGCAGCGCAUAUGACAAAGGCUGUGCAGAUGACGAGGGUCUCACAGAUGACAAGGAUGACAAGGGCUGCGCAGAUGACAAAGGCUGCGCAGAUGACAAAGGCUUCUCAGAUAACAAGGGAUGCACUAAUGAAACGGGCUGCGCAGAUGACAACGAUGACAACGGCUGCACAGAUGACAAAGGCUUCGCAGACGACAAGGUAUGCACAGAUGACAAAGUAUGCACAGAUGACAAAGGCUGCGCAGAUGACAAUGGAUGCAUAGAUGAUAAAGGCUGCGCAAAUAACAAAGGCUGUGCUGACGACAAGGGAUGCGCAGAUGACAAAGGCUGCACAUAUAACAAAAGCUGCGCAGAUGACAAGGUAUGCCCAGAUGACACGAGCUGCGCAGAUGACAAAGGCUACGCAGAUGACAAAGGCUGCACCGAUGACACGGGUUGCGCAUAUGACACGGGCUGCGCAGAUGACAAAGGCUGCGCAGAUGACAAAGGCUGUGCAAAUGACAAGGUACGCACAGAUUACAAGGUCUGCGCAGAUGACAAAGGCUGCGCAGAUGGCAAGAAUCUUACAGCUUACAAGGAAUGCGCAGAUGACAAAUGCUGCGCAGAUGACAAGGGGUGCACAGAUGACACGGGCGGCGCAGAUGAAAAAGGCUGCGCAGAUGACAAAGAUGACGAAGGCUGCGCAAAUGACAAAGGCUGCGCAGAUGAUAUGGUAUGCGCAGAUGACACGGGCUGCGCAGAUGGCAAAGGCUACGCAGAUGACAAAGGCUGCACCGAUGACACGGGUUGCGCAUAUGACAAGGGCUGCGCAGAUGACAAAGGCUGCGUAGAUUACAAAGGCUGCACAGAUGAAACGGGAUGCGCAGAUGACAAAGGCUACGCAGAUGAUGACAAAUGCUGCACAGAUGACAAAGACUGCGUAGAUAAGAAAGACGGUGCAGAUGACAAAGGGUGCGCAGAUGACAAUGGCUAUACAGAUGCCAAGGGCCUAACGUAUGACAAGGUAUGUGCAGAUGGCAAGGGCUGCAAUGGUACUGACAAUGGCAUCGUUGAUGACAUGGGAUGCAAUGAUGAUGACAACGGGCUUCAGGAUUGCAUGAUACUAGUUGAUGACAAGAACCUGCAGCCAUUAAAGGAAGACGCCAAUAGUGGCUUUACUAAGAAGAAUGCGUCGGGCACAGGACGGCAACUCCUAAAAAGAAUCCGUGCAGUAUUAAAACGAUUAUGUUGCAUUCAGGAGAUAAAAGACUAA